CUGGUAACGGGGCUGCCAGAACCCGCGAGCGCGCGAGAGGCAGGGCGCAGGGCAGUGGCUUUUUGACGUCAGGACCAACCGAAGGGGUGGUGUGGGAGGGCAUCGUGCCAGCCAACUCAGCCCGCUCCACAGCCAGCCCGGGCCGUCGGCGCGAGAGGACCCCCCACCCAGCGAGGUGCCCAGCGAGCGUGAGUGGAAGAGUGGGGGAGCGUGGGUGGGUGGGUGCAGAGCGCGGGGACCUGCGGGCCGGGAGAGGGGCGCGCAGCAUGCCCCCUGUGCCCGGGCCAUGGAGGAGAGCAACCUGGUGCCCCUGGAGAACGGCGAUGCCAUGACCCUCAGGGGAGGGGAAACGCUGGCGGGGUGUGCGCAGACCCCCGGGGAAGAGCAUAGGUGUUCGCCCCCGACGGCCGGGCUCACCGAUGGGCACCGAGAGCCGGCGCCAAGCGGGCCAGGCUUGGAGAGGGGCUCGGAGCCCGGAGGAGGAGGAGGAGAAGGAGGAGGAGAACAGCCUUGGCCAGCAUCGCCCGGGGAGGUGCGGCAGCCUGGAAGGCGGACUCCUGAGGAUGAGGAGGGUGAAGGCAGCCUGGGCUUGGACACUCCAGAGGAGGAGGAGGAGGAAGAGAAGGACCAGGUCCCCGCGCGCGGCGGAGCUCUGCAUCACCAGCGCGUCCUCAUCAACAUCUCGGGGCUGCGCUUCGAGACCCAGCUGGGUACCCUGGCGCAGUUCCCCGAUACCCUCCUGGGGGACCCGGCCAAGCGUCUGCGCUACUUCGACCCGCUCCGGAACGAGUACUUCUUCGACCGCCACCGGCCCAGCUUCGAUGCCAUCCUGUACUACUACCAGUCCGGGGGUCGUCUGCGCAGACCCGUCAACGUCUCCCUGGAUGUCUUCGUGGAUGAAAUGCGCUUCUACCAGCUGGGCGAAGAGGCCAUGGAGCGCUUCCGGGAAGACGAGGGUUUCCUGAAGGAAGAGGAGAAGCCGCUGCCCAGGCGCGAGUUCCAGCGCCAGGUGUGGCUCAUCUUCGAGUACCCGGAGAGCUCGGGCUCGGCGCGGGUCAUCGCCAUCGUGUCCGUCGUGGUCAUCCUCAUCUCCAUCGUCACCUUCUGCCUGGAGACGCUGCCGGAGCUCAGGGACGAGCGCGAGCUGCUGCGGCACCCACCGGGGCCUCGCCGUCCUCCCGAGCCAACCCCGGGGGCCAAUGGCAGCGUGGGCAGCAGCUCCCUUCCUUCUGCCCCCACGGUGGCGCCUCUCCUGCGCAGGACCCUGGUGGACCCUUUCUUCAUUGUGGAGACCACGUGCGUCAUCUGGUUCACGUUCGAGCUGCUGGUGCGCUUCUCCGCCUGCCCCAGCAAGCCGGCCUUCUUCCGGAACAUCAUGAACAUCAUUGACCUGGUGGCCAUCUUCCCUUACUUCAUCACCUUGGGCACCGAGCUGGCGCAGCGACACGAGCCCGUGAGCGCAGGCGCCGGCCAGAACGGGCAGCAGCAGGCCAUGUCCCUGGCCAUCCUCAGGGUCAUCCGCCUGGUCCGGGUGUUCCGCAUCUUCAAGCUCUCUCGUCACUCCAAGGGGCUGCAGAUCCUGGGCAAGACCUUGCAGGCGUCCAUGAGGGAGCUGGGGCUGCUCAUCUUCUUCCUCUUCAUCGGAGUCAUCCUCUUCUCCAGCGCCGUCUACUUCGCCGAGGCCGACAGCCAGGGCUCCCACUUCUCCAGCAUCCCCGAUGCCUUCUGGUGGGCGGUGGUCACCAUGACCACCGUGGGCUACGGAGACAUGAGGCCCAUCACGGUGGGGGGCAAGAUCGUGGGCUCGCUGUGCGCCAUCGCCGGGGUCCUCACCAUCGCCCUGCCCGUUCCUGUCAUCGUGUCCAACUUCAAUUAUUUCUAUCACCGAGAGACCGACCACGAGGAGCAGGCCGCCCUGAAGGGGGAGCCAGCGAGCCAGAGGAGGGGGUCUGGACUGGACACGAUAGGCCAGCGGAAGGCCAGCUGGAACAAGGCUUCCUUCUGCAAGGCGGGGGCAUCUCUGGACAAUUCAGACAGCACCAGAAGGGGUAGCUGUCCCUUAGAGAAGUGUAACCUCAAAGCCAAGAGCAACGUUGACUUGCGGACGUCCUUGUAUGCCCUGUGUCUGGACACCAGCAAGGAAACUGACUUGUAAACAGAGACCUGGGCUAAUUGGUGGCAAUGGGGGUGCAGUGGUGGGCACCCCGUACCUCCCGAGCCUGGGUAUCUACCUUAUACCACAGAGUAUUUCAAGCCCACCUGGUCACCAAUGUUUGUCUCUCUCCUUUCCAACCUUCUGCUCUUUAAUCUCCCAUUUUCCCUCUCCCUCACACCCCCACCCAUGGCUCCAGGGUUGCCUAUUUUUAAAAAGUACUACAUUCCAUGACGCAGCAGGAGCUGCUGAAAUAGUGAGCGCUGUGAGAUGGAUGGGUUUGUAGCCCGUUUUCUAGACCCAGCAGCAGAGGGAUAACCCAAACAAAAAAUGACCUUAAAUAGCUCAGAUUCCAAGAGAUUUUGUAGCCUUCCCCAAUUGUGUGCUCCAAAUUUACUUUACAUGUGACUGUAUUUGUAUAGGGGCAAAUAUUAUUUUUAUGACCGGUGA